CACGUGUGCUUGGUGAGACAAUAUAUAAUGCUAUUGCCCCGGCUCAGGCUAGUAUAACCAAGAAAUUCUUUGAUUGAAUUCCCCUAGUUGUCUUUGUAUUUGUACAGGAAUGGCAGGAGUAACAAGCAAACCAUACAAGAUCUUCAAUGACCCCAUCCAUGGCAGCAUCGAGAUGCAUCCAUACCUGGUCCGCAUCAUCGACACACCUGAGUUCCAGAGGCUGCGCUACAUCAGCCAGUUGGGGACUGUCUAUUUUGUAUACCCAGGAUCUUCCCACAACCGCUUUGAGCACUCCAUCGGGGUGGCUCACCUGGCAGGUGAGCUGGUCCAGGCACUGAACAGACAGUAUCUCCUCCAUGAAGACCCCAAACUGAAAGCUCUACUUUAUGGCCAGACAGAUGGUGAGUCUAACACCACGUAACAGCUGUAGCACUAG